AUGAAUACAAAACCAUCGAAUGCCUUAGAGAGAAGUUUUGCGAGCCUGACGAAUACCAUUCUCUCUUCCGGGCCGACAAUGUCGCCAGCAAAGAACAACAUCUCUAAUUCAACAUUUGUUACAAAUGAUCUACAACAAAGACCAAAACCAGGGCUCUCCGCGAAGGAGAAACAAAUUGUACAACAGAUAAAAUUACAAAAGAAUAUUCCAUCGGGAUUGCUAUUGGCGGCCAGUUUUACUUCAGCAGAAGAAGUUAUUGAGAAAAAUCUUCUUCAAGUUGAUGAGGAGCAAAAAGUAUCUCUCUCUUUGGAAGAUAUUCAAGUAUUAUUCAAAGCAAAAUGUGUAGAUCAAAAUCUACAAUACAUUCCAGAACGAGAAGAUCGAUUUAUAGAUUUAAUACAAAAAAAUUGUAGCGGUCUACUUUUUUCAUUACGAGAACACGGUUUGGCAGAUGAGUCGGCAAAAGCUUUACGAAAAAUAUUGGCAAAUAACAGAACUUACACCAUUCUUGAUUUAUGUGGUAACAGGCUGAGAGACACUGGUACUAUUGAGCUAGCUCCCCUGCUCGAAGAUAAUCAAACAAUUGUGAGGUUGGACUUAAGAUCAAAUGAUAUUGGAGGAAAAGGUGCAAAAGCAUUGUUCAACGCAUUACUCUAUAACCAGACUCUAACGAGUUUGGAUUUAUCAGGAUUGAGUGGAAUUAACAGAAAUCAUAUCAGCACAAAAGGAGCCAAACACCUAAGUGAAUUGCUUCAACAAAACCAAACUCUGUGUCAACUCAAUUUGGCAAGCAACGGAAUGGGUGCAGACGGAAUCAAAAUACUUUGUAGAGGUUUAGUGGAUAACUUUUCCUUAACAGAGCUAGAUAUUAGCUCAAAUAACAUUGGAACAGCAGGUUGUGAAUCACUUGCUAGAGUAUUGGACAGGACCAACCUUCAAAAACUAUCAAUGGAACGUAAUCAAAUUGGCAAUAAGGGGGUAUUUGUUAUGUGUGAGAAAAUGAAAACGAUGUUAACUCCAACUUUAACCUACUGGGAUCUUUCUGAAAACAGAAUAACCAGCGAAGGUGUUGAGGUGUUAGUGGAUAUGCUGAAAGUAGACAAAAGCCUGAAGACGUUAAGAAUUGAAUGCAACGAGUUCGGUGAUAAGGGCGCCGAGGAUUUUGCACAGCUACUUGAAGUAAAUAAGACCCUUAAAAAACUCAUGCUUGGAGAGAACGCAAUUGGGGACGAGGGUGCCAAGGAGAUUGGAAAAGGUUUAGCAAUGAACAGAACGUUAAAAACUCUGUUUCUAAAUAACAAUCUAAUCAAAGACACAGGAGCAAAACGAAUUAUUAGAGGAUUGAAUGAUGGCACGAAGUUGAAGCAUUUAGACUUGUCAUACAACAGAAUUGGUGACAGAGCAGGGGUUGAAAUAGCUCGAAUGCUAACAACAAAUGAAACUUUACGCACUCUCAACUUGAAACAAAACGAACUCAAAACCUCUGGAGAUCAAAUAUCAGAUGCCAUGAGAAAAAAUUUCACGUUAAUUAACUUUGAUUUUUCAUUCAAUGAUUUUAGCUACAAAAGCUUUAGUUACAUUACUGAGGCUCUGAAACGAAACGAAAAAUUACUUAAAUCUAAUGAAGUGGAAAGGUUGAAAAAGAAAAUUGAGCUUCUUCAAGAUACAGAACUGCGAUUGGUUGAGGUAAACGAUAAUUUAGAAAAAGAAAAAGAAGAAGAGAUAAUACUAUACAAAGAAUUAGAAGAUUCAGAAUAUGAGCUGUUGCGAGUGAGGCAACAAAGCCAACAGCAGUUAGAUAGACUUCAGGAAGAGCUUGAAGCAAAGAAAACUCUAACAUUUGAAAAAGAAAAAGAAUACAGAACGUUAGUUGAAAGUAUUCAAGAAGAAAAGGAUUUGUUUGAAGAUAAAUGCAGGGAAAUUAUUGACAAGACCGAUUCUGAAAGGAGACGGGUAGAAGAAUUGAAAAAAACCAAACAAGCAAUGGACCGAGAGAUUGCAGAGCAGCUCAAAUUCUUGGCAAAUGAAACAGUCCCUCUUCUCGAGAGUUUAAAAACUGAGGAAAACAAUUACAUGAAGGAAAAACAAAAAACAACAGUCACUGAAAAAGAACUAUAUUUGCUAGCAAGACGAGUUCAAAAACUGAGUGAUGAAUUGUACCCUCAAGAAAUUGUUAAGGAAGAAAUUGACUCAAGGCCGUCAACAUCUUCAGGUAGAAGGCCCUCGGUAAAAGAUGGAUCGAGAACCACCUCAACAAAACAAUCGUCCGCUUCAAGGUCGCGUAGAUAA